AUGCCCGACGCAGCCAUACCCUUUGUUUUUCUUAUGCAACUCCCCAUCAUCUUGCUCUCUCUUAUUUUACCUUUGGCCAUUGUCCAUUAUCUGGGGGUGCCCCCUUCCAGUCAAUCUUCCCUUUUCCAGGCCCCCUCUUCUAUUGCUCCCCCUCGCCUUCUUGGAAUUCCAGAGGCUUCCAGCCUCUUCAUGGCGCAACCCGUGGCUCCUCGUGUCAUGGUGGCUCCUCCCGUCAUGGUGGCUCCCGUCAUGGUGGCUCCAGUGGUCAUCUUGGCCGACUUGGCUGACGAUGAAGCUUCCAACUCUUCUUCUUCCCCAACUGGUUCCACCACAACAUUCUUCACUGCUGGCUCCUCCGACUCUCAGCCGCCGACUCCAGUUGCCACUGCACCGCCAUUGCCUGUUGAACCAGAACAACCAUCUCCUGUUGCUGUUCCCCAACCCAAUCAGUUCUGCCGCGCAACCCGUCGUGCCCCCAUCACCUAUUGUUGUGCUUGUACCAGUCCCGGUCAAUGCAAAACAUCCUGGUGCCGCUGUUUCCGAGCCAAACAAGCUUGCCACACCUGCUGUCCCCGUGCCUCCGGCCGCUGCUCUCGUCGAGUUGUUCGUCAGGAUUCCCUUAUCAAUCCCGACCCCUCGCCCUUUCUCAGCCCUGCCGCCCAACCACGGGCAGCCCUCAAUCAUCAAGCCACUCCAAUUUUGGCCACCCAAUCUCCUCUAGCUUCCGUCAGAACCACUCCUACUUCUGCUUCCCAGCCUCCUGCCGCCACUACUACUCCUGCCUCCCAGCUUCCUCCUGGCUGCCAGCACUCCCCGACGGCGAAGUCCCCGGCGCCGGACUCCCAAUACGCCCGGCUCCACUAUUCCACAGCCGCGCACUCUCAACACUCCAAACACCCCAGUGCCGGCUCCACCUCCUCCUCUCGGGCCUACUGA